AUGUUUUAUCGGUAAGACUCAUACAGGAAAUGUAUCAAUACUGAGCUUUGAGAAUAUGGGUUUGUUCGAGCUAAUCCGAUGAAGACGAAUCAGAAACCGAAAGCCUAAACAUUUCCGCGGUCGGCUGUUAAUAAAAAAUCCAAAUUGUUACAGGUCAGUGAAAAGCGGAUAAUUUAUUUUUGUAUCAAAAAAAUUAUUCGCUAGGCCGAACUGUUCCACUUUGAUUUAGGCAGAAUUAUUAUUUGUCCUUUGAAUAGGAAACAUGUCCUAUCAAGAAGAAAGCCGUAAUACUGAAUUAUCAGAAGACCAGAAGAAUUAUCUCGAACAGGAGCUCGAUGCUAUGUCUACCAACUGGACUGAGCGCGUCGAAUCCUUUGAUGCAAUGGGUUUAAAAAGUGAGCUUUUACGUGGUAUUUAUUCCUAUGGUUAUGAGCGACCCAGCAUCAUACAGCAGAAAAGUAUUAUACCCCUUAUAAGCGGAAAGGAUGUGAUUGGUCAGGCUCAGUCAGGCACCGGAAAAACGGCCACCUUUGCACUGGGCGUCCUGCAACAGCUUGAUUAUUCUAAUCCAAAUGUACAGGCUCUAAUAUUGGCUCCAACCCGUGAGUUAGCUCAGCAGAUUCAGAAAGUCAUCAUUCACCUUGGCGACUAUCUGGGCGUGAAAUGCCACGCGUGUGUCGGUGGAACGAAGGUUGCCAACGACGAACAAAUUCUAUCAUCAUCGCUUCACAUAGUCGUGGGUACUCCUGGUCGUGUGUACGAUAUGAUUUGCCGUGGCGCUUUGAGGCCCAACACCGUCCGUAUGUUUGUGUUGGACGAGGCCGACGAAAUGCUAUCGCGUGGAUUCAAAGAUCAAAUUUAUGAGAUAUUCAGAACAUUGAGCCAUGUACAAAUUGGUCUAUUUUCGGCUACGAUGACCCCUGAAGCACUUGAGAUUACAAAGCGAUUCAUGACCAACCCGGUCCGAAUUCUUGUGCAGCAAGACGAAUUGACGCUAGAAGGAAUCAGACAGUUUUACAUUAACGUGGAAGUAGAUGAUUGGAAGAUCGACACUUUAUGUGAUUUGUACGAAACACUCAACAUUACUCAGGCAGUGAUUUUUUGUAAUACUCGCCGUCGAGUUGAUUGGCUUACCAGCGAGCUUCGAAAUCGAAACUUCACUGUAUCGUCCACUCACGCAUCAGUAGACCAAGCCGAGCGUGAGGUUAUUUUAACCGAAUUUCGCUCUGGAUCCUCGCGCAUUCUCAUCACUACUGAUCUUCUAGCAAGAGGUAUUGAUGUACACCAAGUUUCAGUUGUCAUCAACUAUGACUUACCUCGAAACUUCGAAAAGUAUAUCCAUCGUAUUGGGCGAUCUGGCCGUUUUGGACGUAAAGGAGUUGCUGUUAAUUUUGUGACAAAAAAUGAUUUUGAUUUACUCAAAGAACUCGAACAAUACUACAACACCAAAAUUUUUGAAAUGCCCAAAAAUGUGGCUGAGUUGAUUUAAUGAACUGUUCCCAUUUAGGCCGCAUAUUCAUCUAUCUAUCUCUUCUGAUAAAAUGCCACCAACAGUACAUAUAAUUCCGUGAGUGAAAAGUGGUAAGCCAAGGUCUAUGCUUAUUUUAUAAAUAUGAUCAACAUUUAUAAUUACAGACGUAUUCUAAUGUCUAUUUUUUUUGCAUCUAGUUUUUUACGUUAUUUCCGACUGACCGUUUUGUAUCUCAGUACGGAUUUUUCUGCUUCGCUUCAAGCACAAUUUGUUUCAUAUUCUACGUCUUCGCCUGGGCUUGCGUCUUACCAAUAGUUGGUGGUGAAGUAAUUUAUACGAGAAUGCAUGCCUCAUGGGAUCGAAGUUUGCCGGCUAUGCUAUUUUCCGAUCGUUCUCAACGAGAUACCGUGUUUUACCUUAACUCAGCUUCAUAUUGUCCAAUCUUCUCCGCGUCUCGGAAAUAUCUUCGUUGAUGUUCAAUAACAUAUUCAUUCAGUAAAUAUCCUAUCGACUGUUCACAGAGAUAGAAGUCUAUGUUAUGGCCGUAGGCUAUUUUCCGAUCAUCGAACGAGAGACUGUGUUGUACCUUAACUCAGUUUCACAUUACCCAAACCCGUUAUUUACAUGUUACGCAGAAAAUUAGAUAAGAUGAAGUCGAGUUAUUGUAUGGCACUCAGAAAUUUUUGU